UCAUCAGACAAUGGAAAAAAAAAAAAUUCCAAACUGAGCAAAAACCAGCUAAUUUUAGGCUGAAUCUUCCUGAUUAGACAAAACUUACAGCAUCACAACUCUUCUAUACACACACACACAACUUUCUCAUUAACUUUAAGCACUUUUAUCAGAAGCCAGAAACUUCAAAACUCCAACCCAACACAACACAAAAAUGGGAGUGGCAUCUGAAACUGAAGACAUUCCAUUGUUACAAGUACAAACAGCAGACCCAUCAUUCAAGAGAACUGGAAAUGUAUGGACUGCUGUGGCUCAUAUCAUAACUGGAGUUAUAGGCUCUGGAGUGCUUUCUCUGGCAUGGAGCACAGCUCAGCUUGGUUGGAUUGCUGGCCCUUUAGCUAUGCUAUUCUUUGCUGCCAUCACUUUGAUCUCCACAUUUCUUCUCAGCAACUGCUACAGAACUCCUGAUCCUGAACUUGGCCCCGGCCGCAACAGGUCCUACAUCGAAGCUGUUCAGCUCAGUUUAGGAGAAAAGAGGGCCUUGAUAUGUGGGUUUUUUGUACAAAUAAGUUUCUAUGGGACAGGAAUUGCCUAUACUGUGACAUCUGCAAUUAGCAUGAGAGCAAUUCAGAAAUCAAACUGUUACCACAAAGAAGGGCAUGAGGCAGCUUGUGAAUACUCAGAUACUUAUUAUAUGCUAAUUUUUGGAUUUGCUCAAAUUAUACUGUCUCAAACACCAGAUUUCCACAACAUUGAAUGGCUAUCAGUUGUUGCUGCGAUUAUGUCCUUUACCUAUUCUUUCAUUGGAUUGGGACUUGGCCUUGCCAAAGUAAUAGAAAAUGGAUAUGUCAAGGGUAGCAUUGCUGGAGUGUCUGCAUCUAGUUCCAUUCAGAAAAUGUGGUUGGUAUCUCAAGGACUUGGAGACAUUGCUUUCGCGUAUCCCUACUCCCUAAUAGUUCUUGAGAUUCAGGAUACUUUGAAGUCACCUCCACCAGAAAGUGAGACCAUGAAAAAAGCCUCAACAAUAGCAAUAGCUGUGACAACAAUUUUCUACCUUUUAUGUGGAAGUUUUGGAUAUGCAGCAUUUGGGGAUGAUACACCAGGAAACCUUUUAACAGGGUUUGGAUUCUAUGAACCGUAUUGGCUUAUAGACCUUGCAAAUGCUUGCAUUGUAGCUCAUCUUCUUGGAGGGUAUCAGAUUUAUAGCCAGCCACUGUUUGCAACAGUUGAAAAGUGGAUUUCUGGAAAGUUUCCAAACCAGGAAUUUCUAUACAAUGAUUUCUCAGUGAAACUUCCAUUGACGCCAGGCUUUAGAUUGAAUAUUCUGAGGCUGUGUUUCAGAACAGUAUAUGUGGUGACAACAACAACAAUUGCAGCGAUCUUCCCUUAUUUCAACCAGGUUAUAGGGGUUAUAGGAGCCCUAAAUUUUUGGCCCUUAUCCAUAUAUUUUCCAGUGGAGAUGUACUUUAUGCGGAAGAAUAUCCAAGCCUGGACAAAAAAAUGGGUGAUGCUUAGAACUUUUAGCCUUAUCUGCCUCAUUCUCACAUUGUUUUCUUUAAUUGGGUCAAUAGAAGGCAUUAUAAGCGCCAAAUUAAGCUAAGAAGGUGCAUAGUCAAAAAUACAAGAAAAAUAUCAGGACUGCAUAGAAAAGUUGUGAUUACACUAAAGGCAUACAAGAUAUCACAUUCUUGGUCAAAUUUAUAAUGUAUUAUGGGUUUAUUUUUGUAUAAAACAUUCAGUCUACUUUGUACGCCACUCUUUCAAGUGCUAAUAUUUGAAACAAGUUUCCUUCAAUAAUGUAACACGCCAAAGUGUUGAAGAAA